AAAGUUAUCAUCCAGACCAAAUAAAAAGAGUAGUAACUACCAACUACCUUUACAACCACAAAUGGCCACCUCACAUUUCUCCACCACCGUUCCACGGCCAACCACACGGCGGAGCGCCACUACCAGCAGUCCCAACACCUUCUUCCUUUCAGCACCCAAGCUCAUAAGCAAAGCCAGUAGCUUACCACCACUCAAGGUCCAGAAGACUUUGAAGUGGGUUGUUAGGCAAAGAAACAUAGCCCAAGAACAAAGCCCGCCAAAACCCACAACCUUUGAUGCCCAAGAAUUGGUGGAUUUCUUGUACGAGGAUCUUCCCCACCUGUUUGACGAUCAAGGGAUCGACCGAACGGCGUACGGCGACCGUGUCAAGUUCAGAGACCCCAUCACAAAGCAUGACAGUAUAAGCGGAUACCUUUUCAACAUCUUGCACUGGGUUAAACAGACAGGACCUUAUGAGAUUACUACAAGGUGGACUAUGGUAAUGAGAUUCGCGCUUUUACCUUGGAAGCCAGAAUUAGUCUUUACCGGUACAUCUGUUAUGGGCAUUGAUCCAGAAACUAAGAAGUUCUGCAGCCAUGUGGACUAUUGGGACUCCAUUCAGAAUAAUGACUAUUUUUCUGUGGAGGGUUUACUGUAUGUGGUAAAGCAGCUACGAUAUUACAAGACUCCGGACUUGGAAACACCAAAAUAUCAGAUACUGAAAAAAACUGCAGAUUAUGAGGUGAGAAGUUACGACCCAUUUAUUGUCGUUGAAACGAAUGGUGACAAGUUGUCGGGUUCAAGUGGCUUCAAUUCAGUUGCCGGGUAUAUAUUUGGGAAAAAUUCAUCGGGCGAGAAAAUACCAAUGACGACACCUGUAUUUACGCAGGCAUUUGACCCUGAAAUCUCCAAAGUGUCCAUUCAGAUAGUUCUUCCAUCAGGAAAAGAUAUGAGCAGCUUGCCAGCUCCAAAUCAAGCAGAAAUUAACUUGAGGAAGGUGGAAGGAGGUAUAGCGGCAGUGUCAAAAUUCAGUGGAAAACCAAUCGAGGACAUUGUUCAGGAGAAGGAAAAAGCCCUCCGAGCUAAUCUUAUUAAAGACGGCCUGAAACCUACAACGGGUUGUGUGUUAGCUCGCUACAAUGAUCCGGGGAGGACUUGGAGCUUUACAAUGAGGAAUGAGGUACUAAUAUGGCUUGAAGAGUUCUCAUUGGACUAAUGUCUCAUGCUCAUCAUCAAUCUUCAUCCUGCAUUUUUUACUGCAGAGAUGUUUCUUGUGGAAAACUGUCAAUCUAUAAGGAAUACAUAUUUCUGACAUUGAAAUUUUUGGAAAGAAAAAAAUAAAUUGUAGACAUAUUGUUGGUACAAUAGCGAGUACAUCGUGUAACACGUUAGAUUCUUAACAAC